CGACAAACAGUAACACGUUUCCGCCGCUGUGUGGCUGUAAACAACAUCUCACUUGUCUGAAUCAUUGAUGAGUAAAGACAACAGAAAGGAACAACAUAUGCAUUAUAAUACGAUUUGUUAUUUUUCGUCCAGAGUCGUCAAUAUGAGAGGAUGAGUGGGUGUUCCUUGAACGCCUCAUCAGUAUGGCUGCUCGGACUCUGCAGCAGCUUGUGUCCGACGCUGCGUCUCUGCACCCUGAGCGAGAGGCUGUGAGGUACGACAGCGGGUCAGAGCCAGGGAGCCCGGUGUCCCUGAUCUACAGAGAUCUGGUUGAACUGGCCAGUGAGCUGGCUCAUGUGCUACAAAAGAACUGCUCUCCUUAUAAUGGAGUGAUUGGCCUGUAUUGCUGUGAUGAUCUGUUCAUCCCUGUCUGGAUUCUGGGGAUCCUGCAGUCACCUGCUGCCUAUGUCCCACUGGACCCAGAAGCUCCCGGACUCCUCACUGCCAGAGUUAUGAAGCAGUGUGGCCUCAAGUACUGUGCUGUGAAGACAGACUUCCUGCAGCGAUUCCAGGCAGCUCUUGCCAAAUACGUAUGUGUGGAGGUUUGUGUGGUGUUGCCCAAGUUCAAACUAACCUUAAUACAACUGGAGCUGCUGCCAGUCGCUGAGCACCAACGAGGACCAGAACAAACCAGAGCUCAGACAGCAGAUGGUGCUGGUGUCUGUGAAACAGCUGCAGGGCGCAGCGAUCUGGCGUAUGUGCUGCACACAUCUGGAACAACUGGCCUUCCCAAGAUUGUGAGAGUGCCACACAAGUGUAUUCUCCCCAAUAUACUGCACCUGAGAUCUUUGUUUCAGAUGAGUGCAGAUGAUGUCGUUUUCCUCGCUUCACCUUUAACCUUUGACCCCUCUGUGGUGGAUAUAUUCCUGGCCUUAUCGUCUGGAGCUCGACUCCUCAUUAUCCCAUCUGUGAUCAAGAAAAUGCCCAGUCGACUGGCUCGACUGCUGUUCGAGGAUCACAAGACGACAGUCCUACAGGUCACACCGACACUGCUUGGCCGAUUCGGGCACCGUAUCCUAAAACAGGAAGUGUUGUCAUCUUGCUCCUUGUUGCGGGUGUUGGCUCUGGGUGGAGAGGCCUGCCCAUCGCCAGCUCUACUGCGGAGCUGGAAGCACGAGGACAACAAAACCCAAAUCUACAAUAUUUACGGUAUCACUGAGGUGUCCUGCUGGGCCUCCAUGUACAAAAUACCAGAGUCUGUACUGCAGUCCAACAACCUCACGCCGUCCUUCGUGCCUCUUGGGACGCCUCUGAUGGACACAGUGGUGGAAGUAAGAGAUGAACACGGCCGUGUUGUUACUGAGGGUGAAGGGCAGGUGUUUAUAGGUGGAGAGGACAGAGUGUGCCUCCUUGAUGACGAGGAGACCGCUGUCCCUGGGACGAUGAGAGCUACUGGAGACUGGGUGAAUGUUAAAGACAUGCAGCUGUUCUACCUGGGACGGAGAGACAGGCUGAUUAAACGCCACGGGAAACGGGUGAACUUGGACAGCUUGCAGAAUCUCAUAUUGAGUCUGCCUCAGGUUGAGGCCUGUGCCGCGGGUCUGUAUGAAAACACUCGCCUGCUCGCCUUUAUCGUGGUGUCCACAUCUGGAGAGCAGACAGCAGCUUCUCCUCUCACACCUGCACAGAAGCACGCAGAGCGAGCAGCCUCGGCUGAGCAGCGGGACGUCCUCCCCUCUCCUGUACAGCAGCGCCAGGAGAAGACAGACGGCGCAGAUGGAGAUGUGAGCAGACUCAUCCUGAACCAGCUGUCCCUGCUGCUGCCAUCUUACAGCGUUCCCGACACGCUGGUGCCGGUCGCGGCCCUGUGUCUGACUCCUCAUGGCAAAGUGGACAUGGAGGCGCUUAUGAAAAUAUACCAGAGACAGAGACGGUCUUUAGAGUCUUCACGGAGAGACGUCACCAGACUAAAGCAAACUCUGCAGUCCUUGUGGCAGGAAACUCUUGGUCUUCCUGAAGAUGCGACCAUCGACGAGGAAUCCAACUUCCUGUUGAGUGGAGGAGACUCUCUGAAGGCUCUUCACCUGCAGGAAGACAUCCUCACGGCUGUGGGAGGGACCUCAGCUGAGCUUUUGGAGGUGAUACUUGACGGGACCUUCUCUGACGUACUGCGCCAUGUUGCGAGAGUGACACUGAUACUGCCACUUGAGAACAGCCAGUCAUCUCCGUCUGAGGCCAAGAAACGACCCGCUGGCGCCUCCUCUGUGGUGCUCAAGAAGAGGGAUCGUACAGCAGAGAGGCCGCAGGGGGAGACACGGGCUGUUAAAGUUCUAAGACGAGCAGGUGAGGUGAUAGAAAUGAAGACUGCUCAGUCAAAUAAGAACUUUGAGGCUGAUGCAGUGAGAGAAAAGGAUCCCAGUCAGAAGCACAGAGGUGAUGCUGUGGGCCUCAGUCUGAGCUGGUCCUCAGACACAGGCAGGUGUGUGGACGCCUCUCCCGUGCUUCUAGUGCGACACAGAACAGAUCUGAGGUCAGACGAGGGUGAAACAACAGUGUUCAUCGGCUCCCACUCUCACAGGAUCCAGGCUUUAGACCUGACCACGGGGAGCCUCCUGUGGGAGCGAGUCCUUGGGGACAGAAUCGAAGCCUCGGCUGCGGUGUCUCACUGCGGGAGCCUCGUGAUAAUAGGUUGCUACGAUGGCUGCGUGUAUUUCCUGUGUGCACUAACUGGAAAGACACAGUGGAAGUUUGAGACGGGAGACGCUGUGAAGAGCUGUCCUGCUGUGGAUCCCCUCACAGGUCUGGUGAUCGUGGGCUCACAUGAUGGGCAUGUUUACGCCCUGGACCCAAAGGUCCGGCAGUGUGUUUGGAGGCGUCACUGUGGGGGUGGAGCCGUGUUUUCCUCUCCCUACCUGCACAAUUCACUCAGACUGCUGUAUGCAGCGUCACUGGGAGGACACCUCCUCUGUCUGAACCCUGACAGCGGACAGGUGCUGUGGUCGUCCUGCAGAGACAAACCGUUCUUCUCAUCGCCGAACGCCUCCUCGGGUCACGUGGUGAUCGGCUCGGUGGACGGAAACAUCUGCUGCUUCAGCGACACAGGGACACUGGUUUGGCAGCUUUUAACAAAAGGACCCGUCUUCUCCUCUCCGUGUGUGACUCCAGACCAGCAGAGGGUUCUGUGUGGAUCACAUGACGGCUCCCUGUACUGUCUGAACUGUGCCGAUGGCUCUUUAGUGUGGACUUUCCAGACCACGGGGAAGGUGUACUCAAGUCCAUGUGUGUUUGAUGGCUCCGUCGUGGGCAGGAGGGGAAAUCUGGUGGCGGUGGCCUCCACAGACGGCACCGUGUGGAUCCUGGAUGGAGAAGACGGACAAAUGCUGGCCUCCUUUACUCUACCUGGGGAGCUUUUCUCAUCCCCGGUGGUGCACCAGCACUCCCUCAUAGUCGGCUGCCGCAAUGACUAUGUGUACUGUUUAAAGCUGACUGUCAAAGAAGAAACGUAGAAGGAUGAAAUGUAUUGUACAGUCAUGGAAAAAAAUUAUUGGACCAACCUUGUUUUCUUCAAUUUCUUGUUCAUUUUAAUGUCUGGUACAACUAAAGGUACAUUUGUUUGGACAAAUAUAAUGAUAACAACAAAAAUAUCGGUAACGCUUUAUAUUAAGGUCCUUGUAAUAACCAUUAAUUAACAAGUAAUAAGGCCCUUGUAAGUCCUUACAAGAUGCUUAUUAACAUUAUUGUGUGUUUAUAAGCUUAUAUAAGUGUUAAUAAUGGCAUUACAAACACCCAUGACCCACCCAUUAUGUCUUUGCCAUGCCUUUAUUAAUCUUAUUUUGUUUGCUUAUUGAUAUUAAAAUAUACUUUAUUGCUCAUCUAUUAUAAGUUAACUAUAAGUUAACUAUGCUUUUUGCAACUACUGGAUCUAAAGCGAGAACAAUGCCUUAUUACUUGUUAAUUAAUGGUUAUUAAGGACCUUAUUAUAAAGCGUUACCAAAAUAUCUCAUGAGAGUUUAAUUUAAGAGCUAAUAUCUAGCCGUUUUCCAUGGUUUUCUUGAUAAUAACCAAAAUCAUUAUUAUGAGCUAUUUUUGUUGUUAUCAUUAUAUUUGUCCAAACAAAUGUACCUUUAGUUGUACCAGACAUUAAAAUGAACAAGAAAUUGAAGAAAACAAGGUUGGUCCAAUAUUUUUUCCCAUGACUGUAUUUAUGUGCUGAUUUUAUAAUAAACACUGGUGGCUUUUAUAUCUGUGUCAGAGCAGAGCGUGCUCAGGGAAAUACACUUUAAUUAACGUUGAGGGAAAUAAUGAGUCUUCCAGUUCAGACAUCAGUAUUUAAUUUACAUUAUUCAUAACAUUUUGUGUCUCUUUAAGAAUUUUCUCAUGAAUAUCUCUAAGUGGGACAAAAAAGUGCAAAUAAUACCAAACAUUUUUUUCUCGUUACAUAUAACACUGCGUACACUACACUAUUGUGCACGACCAACGUUAGAAACAAAAUGACAAAGUGACUCUUUCUGACCGAAGCUCUGGUGACGCCUUUGACCUCCAUACAGUACAUAAUUACAUACAUACAGAUCAUUAAGUGAGCGGCAGGAAAUGAGAUCGCUGGAGAGUUCGUUUUUUUUUUUUAACUUUUUUCUUCAUUCAUAGA